AUAAAUAAAAUAAAAACAAAAAACAAAAGAUUUCAUUCUGUCUUAGAUAGAUAGAUUGAUCCUGAGAUUUCCUCCGGUUGUUUCCAUUUAGGUUUGGGUAAAAGGAGAUGGAUUUGGAAGGUUAAAUUGAUUUUGACAAAACAGGGUGGUUUAUUUUAAAAACAUUUUGAUUUCAAAAAUCAAAACGUGUUGAGCUGUUAGGCUCUUUCUCUCUCUCCCUCCCUAGUCUCUCUCUCUCCCGCCUGGCUUUCUAUAUUACAGACAUAUCUCUUGUGUAAUCUCUGUUAUUACAAACCAUCCAAAGUCGUGUUAGGGUCGAAACUCGAAAGCUGUAAUUGAAUGCGAGCUGUUUGGACACAUCCCCAGAAUCAUAGCACCCAAAUCUUUCUCUACACAGAGGGGCUUCUUUCUUCUUAUAAGAUAAAAUCUUCCGAAUGCCACCGCGUAUUAUAGACGCUUUGCUUUGAUCCGAACCCACGCGUCAAUCUCCGCCUCUAUUUUCUCUACUCUCUUGAGACUCCGUGGCUUUUCUGACAAUGAGAUAAAAAACCAGAGUUCGAGGCUUUGAUGUUCCACCCAUUUGGCCUCUGAAACCACGGGGCUUUGCUUUUGGUUCUUGGCUUCGGGGAGGAGUGAUUCUGGGAGGUGGGUUUUUGAGAUCAGGAGCAAAAAUGGCGCCAUCCUUUGACUGGUGGACAAAGGAGAGUCACAGGGGGACGCCGGUUGUCGUCAAGAUGGAGAACCCUAACUGGUCCAUUGCGGAGCUGGAGGGCCCGUCGGAUGACGAUUUUCUUCUUGCCGGUUCGCCCAACACCAACAGGGACAAAGGCCGGGGCAAAAACGCCAGGCAGCUCACAUGGGUUCUUCUCCUCAAAGCCCACAAGGCCGCCGGUUGUCUGACCUCCAUUGCGUCGGCAAUGUUCGGCCUCGCUGCCGCCGUGCGCCGCCGAGUCGCUUCCGGAAGGACCGAUACCGAUAACGACAACGGCGGAGGCAUGGAGCAGGAGAACCCAACGGUGAAAAGCCGGUUCUAUUCGUGUAUAAAGGUGUUUCUGUGGUUAUCUGUUGUGUUGCUGGUAUUUGAGGUGGCAGCCUACUUCAAGGGUUGGCAUUUCGGCGCACCCCAUCUUCAAUUGCAGUAUUUAUUGACAGCUCCAUAUGGGGUUAAGGAUAUCUUCAAUUCCUUAUAUUCUCGAUGGGUUUUGAUUCGGGUGGAGUACCUCGCUCCUCCUCUGCAAUUCCUUGCCAAUGCUUGUAUAGUGCUUUUCCUUAUACAGAGUGUGGAUAGGCUAGUUCUUUGUUUGGGGUGUUUCUGGAUCAAAUUCAAGAAGAUUAAACCGGUUCCUAAGGGGACUGUGGAUCUUGAAUCCGGUGAUGGAAAUGGUUACUUUCCCAGGGUUCUUGUUCAGAUCCCCAUGUGCAAUGAAAAAGAGGUUUAUCAGCAAUCUAUUGCAGCCUGCUGCAAUUUGGACUGGCCAAAAUCAAGCAUACUAAUCCAAGUUCUGGACGAUUCAGAUGACCCAGUGACACAGUUGAUGAUCAAAGAGGAGGUCACAAAAUGGCAGCAAGAGGGCGCCCACAUUUUGUACAGGCACCGGGUGAUCAGAGACGGGUACAAGGCUGGUAAUCUCAAGUCUGCUAUGAAUUGCAGUUAUGUCAAGGACUAUGAAUUUGUGGCAAUAUUUGAUGCAGAUUUUCAGCCGACCCCUGAUUUUCUGAAAAGAACAGUUCCACAUUUCAAGGACAAUGAGGAACUAGGGCUGGUUCAGGCAAGGUGGUCUUUUGUGAAUAAGGAUGAGAACCUUCUAACUAGGUUACAGAACAUUAACUUGUCUUUUCAUUUCGAAGUGGAGCAGCAAGUUAAUGGAGUUUUCAUCAAUUUCUUUGGUUUCAACGGCACUGCUGGAGUGUGGAGGAUAAAGGCAUUGGAGGAUUCUGGUGGUUGGUUGGAGAGGACCACUGUUGAGGACAUGGAUAUUGCUGUUCGAGCUCAUCUUCAGGGCUGGAAAUUCCUCUUCCUCAAUGAUGUGGAGUGCCAAUGUGAACUGCCAGAGUCUUAUGAAGCUUAUAGGAAACAACAACACAGAUGGCAUUCUGGACCCAUGCAGUUGUUUCGCCUAUGUUUGCCUGAUGUUAUCCGAUCCAAGAUCAGUAUUUGGAAGAAGGCAAAUCUAAUCUUCCUCUUCUUUCUCCUCAGAAAACUGAUACUACCCUUCUAUUCUUUCACCCUGUUCUGCAUAAUUCUCCCAAUGACAAUGUUCAUCCCUGAGGCUGAGCUCCCAUCAUGGGUUGUAUGUUACAUUCCGGCAACUAUGUCAUUUCUCAACAUCCUCCCUUCUCCAAAAUCCUUCCCCUUCAUUGUCCCCUAUCUUCUCUUUGAGAACACCAUGUCAGUGACCAAGUUCAAUGCAAUGAUCUCAGGCCUAUUCCAGCUGGGAAGUGCUUAUGAAUGGGUUGUCACAAAGAAAUCUGGACGCUCCUCUGAGGGUGAUCUUGUCUCCCUAGUUGCAAAAGGCCCGAAGCAUCAAAGGGGAAGCUCAGAGCCUAAUAUUGGGGAGAUGGAGGAAACUUUACUGCAGGAACAAAAGGCCUCUAGGAAGAAAAAGCACAACAGGAUUUAUACAAAGGAGCUGGCAUUGGCUUUCCUUCUUCUAACAGCUUCAGCAAGGAGCCUCCUCUCUGCUCAGGGGAUCCACUUCUACUUCCUGCUAUUUCAGGGCAUAUCAUUUCUUCUGGUUGGUUUAGACUUGAUUGGAGAGCAGGUUGAGUAAACAAGGAAAUGGUAGGCUUGGUAGGGGAUAAAUGGACUAUAUAAACACAGGAAACAAGGGCGGAUAAUAUUUAGAGUACCAUUGAAUGAGAAAUGAGAACAGCUGUGGGGAGUCGUUAGAGGGCUGAGGGUUAAUAUUAUUGCCCUCUAACCUCCCAGAUCAAAUUCCGCCAAAUAGGAGAAGUGCCACAAAGACACAAGGAAUGGCUUCGCUUUGGAGAUAAAGAGAGACAUAAAAUGGUGGUGCUCCUGAAAAUAUGUGAGGUUUUCUUUUUUCUAUUUUGUAUUUUCUUUUUUUGAUUCUUUUGUUUUUGGGUCUAUUCUUUUGUAAGAAAAUGUUUAUUUCAAACAUCAAACACCAAUCUUAGUUACAGCAGCAUUCCCUUGUUCUUUUC